AUGACGAAAUGUACUGUUCUGAUAGUUUUGUUUGUACUGGUUCUGGUGCAUGCAAAUAGUGCGCGUGAAGUACCUGGUAAUUAUGGCAAUGAAGAUGAAGAAACUGCAAUGCAUGAGCGUGAUUCAACUGUGGGGAGUGAAACUACUGGCGGCGUUGGUGACGAGAAGAACAUCGUUUAUGGUGGUGGGGUUGGUGGGUUUGCUGGCAUGGGUGGCUAUGUUGGCACCGGUGGAGCUUGGAAUUGGCGGUGUUGCAGGAAUGGGGGCUUUAAAGGCGUAGGUGGCAGCCUCGGUGGCCUUGGUGGCGGCGGCAUUGGUGGCUUAGGAGGAGUUGGCCGUCUCGGCGGCAUAGGUGGUGUCGGAGGUGGUGGUGCUAGCGGCACUGGUGGGCUUGGUGGUGCAGGUGGCGGCAUAGGAGGGCUUGGUGGUGCUGGAGGUGGCAUCGGUGGUGUUGGUGGCACCGGAGGCGGCAUUGGAGGUGUUGGUGGUGCCGGCGGCCUUAGUGGUGGAAGUGGCGCCCGCGUUCGCCCUUUUCAUGAUCCUUAA